AUGGCCAAAACCUUCAACAUCCUCGUCCUACCCGGCGACGGCAUCGGCCCGGAAAUCAUGGCCGAAGCUGUCAAGGUCCUGAAGGUCUUUGAGACACCCGAACGCAAGUUUGAACUGCGGCAGGAGUUGAUUGGAGGUUGCAGCAUUGACGCUUAUGGCAAGUCUGUGACUGAAGAAGUCAAGCAGGCUGCUCUGGACUCAGAUGCAGUGCUCUUCGCUGCAGUUGGAGGACCGAAAUGGGAUAAUCAACGUCGUGGCCUUGAUGGUCCCGAGGGAGGGCUACUCCAAAUACGUAAAGCCAUGGAUAUUUAUGCAAACCUACGCCCAUGCUGUUCUACAUCGCCGAGUGCCUCUAUCGCCAAGGAAUUCAGCCCGUUCAAGCAAGAGGUUAUUGAAGGUGUUGAUUUCGUUGUCGUUCGCGAGAACUGCGGAGGUGCCUACUUUGGCCGCAAGGUGGAAGAAGAAACAUACGCGAUGGACGAAUGGGGCUACUCCGAAGCCGAGAUCCAACGAGUCACACACAAGGCAAAUGUACUAGCUUCUUCACGACUCUGGCGCCGGGUAGUGGACAAGACUAUGGCAGCCGAGUACCCACAGGUGAAAUUGGUGCACCAACUGGCGGACUCUGCGUCAUUGAUUCUAGCAACAAACCCGCGAUCCCUGAAUGGCGUUAUCCUGGCUGACAAUACCUUUGGCGACAUGAUCUCUGACCAAGCUGGGUCUAUUGUGGGUACACUGGGUGUAUUGCCGAGUGCCAGUCUCAACGGUCUGCCUGGGGAUAAGACGCUGAAGACACGACCUUACGGGCUGUACGAGCCUACACAUGGAUCUGCUCCGACUAUUGCGGGACAAAAUAUUGCAAAUCCGGUUGCGAUGAUCCUCUGCGUCGCACUUAUGUUCCGAUACUCUUUGAGCAUGGAAGAUGAGGCUCAGCGUGUGGAGGAUGCGGUGCGCAAAGUGUUGGACUCUGGGAUUCGGACGUCUGACCUUGGGGGUAAGGCUGGGACUAAAGAAGUUGGCGAUGCGAUUGUGUCUGCACUAUAA